GUGAAGAUAUAUAACCGUCAGUGCGCGCCACGUUGAAAACCAAUAUCCGACCUUUCCCAGACAUUUCUUUUCAGUUUUUUUAUUUCACAGAUUUCUCAACUCCCAAAUCCCUAAUUUCUCAAUUUUUACAGAUUAGAAUAUCAGGUGUUUUAAUUCGCGGAGAGGUAGCUAUGUUUAAAGGGAUUUUUGGAAAAACCAAGCCGGAAACAAAUGCUCUAACCACGUUAGACAAAUUAAAUGAGACCCUUGAAAUGCUUGAGAAAAAGGAAAGUGUGCUUCUGAAAAAGACUGCUGCAGAGGUUGAAAAGGCCAAGGAGUAUGCCAAAGGGAGAAAUAAGAAAGCGGCUAUACAGUGCUUGAAGAGGAAGAAACUGUAUGAACAGCAAAUCGAACAGCUUGGGAACUUUCAGCUUCGUGUUCACGAUCAAAUGAUAAUGUUAGAAGGUGCCAAAGCCACAACUGAAACUGUGGAUGCAUUGAGAACUGGAGCAUCUGCGAUGAAGGCGAUGCAGAAAGCAACUAGCAUAGAUGAUGUGGACAAAACAAUGGAUGAGAUCAACGAACAAACCGAGAACAUGAAACAGAUUCAGGAAGCACUAUCAACUCCUAUCGGAGCUGCGGCUGAUUUUGAUGAGGAUGAAUUGGAAGCUGAACUCGAAGAACUUGAAGGUGCUGAAUUAGAAGAACAGCUUCUCCAGCCUGCAACAACUGCCCCGGCAGCACCAGUACAGGUGCCUGCUAGCAGUCAACCAGCUCGACCCGUUCCUCAAAAACACACAGCCGAAGAAGAUGAACUCGCUGCAUUGCAGGCUGAGAUGGCACUUUAAGGUAAGUCAUUCUAAGUUCAGUUUAACUCUAUGGGGGAAUCACAUAUAGAGCUUUAAAACAUGGCUAAAUUACCUGAUAGUGUAGGUCACCAUUGCAUCCACAAUGCCAUAAACAUUUGUAUUAUUAAAUCAUCUUGAAAUUUAUGUGCAUGAAACUAAACGAAUCCCCCCCUUAUCUGUAUUCAUAACCUCCUUUCCCUAACAAUUUAUUAGUCCCCAAACAGUUUUAAAAUAUCAUUAAACACUAAUAUAAAUUAUGUUAUUUA